AUGGGCGCCACGCUCUCACAACAAUACAUCCCUUUACUCCCAAGGAGCAUCAAAAGCAAGUCCAAAAAACGCCCCCGAUACCUGUUUCGCCUUCGAAUCCGGUGUAAAAAGAAAGAAACCCUUCCAGAAAUCCACGCUCCCUUUGCCAACCCCGGUCAUGACCAUCGAGAGGAAUCCCGCGACUCGAAGCUCGACGAUGGUAGUAGCGCCGAGGGUGAGGAGAGUUCUCCCUCCCACCAGUCCCUCCCUAUCUCCUUUACCAACGACAAACCGUUACCAAAACUACCUCUCGUAAUUACCCCUGCGGCUCAAUUCCCCGGCCAACAAGCACAACUCAAUUCCUCUAGCGAACUCCCAGCCACUGAAGCCAUCCAACCCAUCAUCAAUGCCGCCCCUUCCGAAAACAUCAACCAAGAGGACGACAAUGAGGAUGUCUCAGACUCAGAAGACUCAGACUUCCCACCAGAGAUAGAGAGACCGCACACCCCACCGCCCUGGGACACUUCUCUAUCAGGCUACGGCUCCGUCCUCGAGGUUUCUCGACCGUUCAGAGCCAGACGUGUGUUUGGGCACCCGCUUGUCGAGGGACACUUUUUGUUGGGAAGUUAUCAGGGGGAUAAUAGCUUCUUGAGUAAUGGUGGAGGUCCGAUAGCAGCUGAGGAGAGGAGGAGGAUGUGGAGGGUGUGGGAAUCAACAAAGGAAAAGGAAAAAGAAAGAGGGAAAGGGGAAGAGAAGGAGAAAGAAAAAGGGGAAUACAAGAAUGGAGGAGUAGUAGACGACGAUGACGAAUGGAAGAAGAAGAGGAAGAAGAUGAUGAUGGUAGGGGGGCUGAAGAGUGCAAGACAACUUGAACAGAAGGCGAUAGAAAGGGAAAAUGAAAGGGAAAGGGAAAGGAAAAGGGAAAGGGAAAGAGGACACAAAAAGGAGAAGGACAAGGACAAGGACAAGAUGCCCCCGAUAAAGACAAAGACAAAAACAAAAACCAAAACAAGAAGAAGAAUGUCCGAGUGGAGAAAGUGGAAGCCUUUACCUAGGUAUCCGGCUUGUACGGCCGUUGCGCAGAGGGCUACGUCUAGUAUGUGGGCUGAUACUGCUGCUACUGGUGACAGCAACAGCGCAUGGAGAGAGGUUUUUGUUGAAGAGGCGGAAGACAGGGAGUAUCAGGGAGGGGAUGAGGAAGAGGAAGAAGACGAUGAUGACGAGGAUUUGGAGGAGGCGAUAAAGAGGUUUCUGGAGAUCAAGAUCCCAGUGGACUUGAGCAGUUUACGGCGGUUGAGAACCAGUUUUGCGGGAACCGGGGAACACGCAAUGGCUGUUGACGACGGUACUGGGGAAACUGCGAAGAAAGAUUCGGAGAAGGAAGUUUUGGAGAAGGUCAUGGAGGGUGAGCAAGGCCAGUUAUCACCAGUCGAGUCCUUGAUGUUCACAGACACGGACAUCGAGGGCUUCGAGUUCUUAUUCGAAGAGGAGGACGAAGGAGGCGGGAUAUGGGAUUUGGGCACAGCUGAAGGAGUAAAGAGCGAAAGGGUUGAGGGAAAAAGUGAAGCCUGCCAGAUGGACAGGCCAAUUGGUGGGUUUGCAGGAGGAGAUGCAUCCAGAGCAGAAAGUUCUGAAGAAGAUGCUGAACACCACUUGACAGUGAGAACGGCUUUCAAUAUCACGCAAAGGUUGAGCCGGUGGAAGGAAAGGGAAUAA